AAACCCAAACCUCUUGCUCUUUUAAUUCAUGCAGGCUGGAUUUGAGCGGACGCCGCUGCUCUAAGAAGAACUGAUCCAAUCCCACACAUUUCGAUGCAUGAGACAACCUGUAUUUACGUUCUGCAGUAAUGUCCCAUUUCCCUCAGCGUUCAUUUUCUGGCUACGGGCCGGGCCGGGCCACCUGCCACUCAGGAAAGGUAGUCCACCAUGGCUCGUCCUGCCUCUGAGACGCCUCAGAGUCCCACAGAAGGCAGUCUGGAAAAAUCACAGACCUAGACGUGCCUGUGACAACUUCCUCACAUCACUAGCGGCGGUUAGAAUUCAGUGUCGUCCAACGGAGCUUUGCCGGCACACCCCUGAAAUGACGCCGGCAGGCGCAUCAUGACAACAUGUGCCGUGGGCAGGCCUGUCUUCCAGCGGCCCGGUCUCCGCGAUGAGCUGUCCGGCUGCCAUCAGGAGGCUCCUGACUUCCUUCACCGCUUGCCGGCGUUGAACGUUACCUUCUCCAGCGCAAUGGAUUCUUGUGUGGUGGCGAUGGAGUGCAGCUCUGGGUCCAGGCCUGCAUCGGACCAGCGGGACGAGCUGGAGGACGAGGAGCCCAUGGAGCCGUGUGAGGAACAGCCGGCGGAGCUGGCUCCCACAGGACGUGAGCAAAAGGGCUUUGUUGGCGGGGGCCCUUCAACGGAGGCCAGGGAGCCCCGAAUCAAACUGAAUCUUUCGAGCCGCAAACUCUCCCUCCAGGAGAGGUCCCAGUCGGUCCAGUCGCCCGGGAGCAACGUGGGGGUCAACGGGCGCUACAUCUACCCUUCCCUGCCGUAUUCCCCCGUGACGUCUCCCCAUUCUUCCCCUCGCCUGCCCCGCAGGCCCACGAUAGAAUCCCACAGAGUGUCGAUCACAGGGCUGCAGGACUGCGUGCAGCUAAAUCAAUACACAUUGAAAGAUGAAAUUGGAAAGGGCUCCUACGGGGUCGUGAAGCUGGCGUACAAUGAAGAUGACAACACCUACUAUGCAAUGAAAGUUCUUUCCAAAAAGAAGCUCAUGAGGCAAGCAGGGUUCCCGCGCCGACCGCCCCCCCGUGGCGCCAAGCCCCCCCUGGAAGGCUUCUGCCAGCCCAAGGGGCCCAUCGAGCAGGUCUACCAAGAGAUCGCCAUCCUGAAGAAACUCGACCACCCCAACGUGGUGAAGCUGGUGGAGGUGCUAGAUGACCCCAGUGAAGACCACCUCUACAUGGUGUUUGAACUUGUGAAAAAAGGGCCCGUGAUGGAAGUUCCAAACCUGAAACCUCUGAACGAAGACCAGGCGCGGUUCUACUUCCAAGACCUCAUCAAAGGCAUCGAAUACCUGCAUUACCAGAAGAUCAUCCACAGGGACGUUAAGCCCUCCAACCUUUUAGUCGGGGAAGAUGGACACAUCAAAAUAGCCGAUUUCGGCGUGAGCAACGAGUUCAAAGGGACGGACGCUCUGCUUACCAACACGGUGGGAACGCCGGCCUUCAUGGCGCCCGAGACCCUCUCGGAAACCAGGAAGAUAUUUUCUGGGAAGGCUUUAGAUGUCUGGGCGAUGGGCAUCACGCUGUACUGCUUUGUCUUUGGACAGUGUCCCUUCAUGGAUGAGCGGAUUCUAAGUUUACACAGCAAAAUCAAGAGCCAGAUGCUGGAAUUUCCUGACCAGCCUGACAUUUCUGAUGAACUGAAGGCUCUAAUAGUGCAGAUGCUGGACAAAAACCCCGAGUCCAGGAUCACCGUCCCAGAAAUUAAGGUGCACCCCUGGGUCACCAAGAACGGAGCGGAGCCGCUGCCCACCGAGGACGAAAACUGCACGCUCAUCGAAGUGACCGAAGAAGAGGUCGAGAAUUCGAUCAAACACGUCCCGAGCUUGGCCACUGUGAUCCUGGUAAAAUCAAUGAUCAGGAAAAGAUCUUUCGGGAACCCGUUUGAGGGAAGUCGGCGGGAUGAGCGAUCCCUGUCCGCUCCGGGCCCUCCCUUGACCAGGAAGCAAAACAGCGAAGACAACCUUAAGAGCUUCAAUGACCUGCCAAAUGUGGGUGAAAAUGAGUUGCUCUCUUGAAAACUGCCAGCUUGGGUCACGGCGCCCGGCUUGAACCCCCCAGCUCCAGCUGCAACUUCUCCUCCCCCCGCCCCCCCAAGCAUGCCUCUGUGGAGGGAGGACAGCGUGGAGCCCAAGUCCAAGCAGACAGCGCUCCGUGGCGCUGGUGAUCCUGUUGAUGCUGAAUGUGGUACAGCUUCUCGUGGCUGCAUGCAGAACAAGCCGGACUCCAUCCACGCCUCAUAAACAAGGGCCGUUGCUGGAUCAUCUCCGACGUCAAAAUACGGGGGCCACAAGUGGGCCUGCGACCUUCCGGGCAUCAUCUGGGUGGAGAGCAAGGAGUGUUUUUGCAACAACAACAACAACAACAACAACAACAACAAGUAAAAUAAAAAUUGGCAAACUAGCGGCUAAAAAAAGGGAGGUUGAGGGUGAAAAAGAUCUCCGGCCGAAUCUUUCACAAAGACUCUGGUCCGUCUUUUAAGAGCUGGUUGAAAGCGGGCAGCUGAACGUGGUGCUUUCCGCCAAGUGGAAAUAGGAGGACUGUUCACAACCUCCCAGAAACGUCCAUCUUUUCUUCCUUUGGUGUUUAUCUAUUACUAUGUUUUUUGCAUCGAUCCUUUUUACUGCAUGGAAGUGAAACAAGCCAAAUGGCGCAUCAGGGUUCUCGGCCACGCUUGGCCAUUUGGGUGUCGGUCGCUGCCCCCCAGCUUCGUUGGGAGAGGGGCUCAGCUCGAGUUUCCUGGAGGCAGUGUCACGUGGAACCGCCACGGCGGUGUCGUUUGUGGGACUGCGAGAUCUCCCUGGAACGGAAGGCCAGAGGCGGCCACCUUUUCUUCUUCUUAAAGAAGGGCUCAGUGGACCGGAACCCCGUGGAGCGCUCACGCUUCGAUGCGAUCGUGUUCAAGCACAAAUUGAAAACACGCACGGUUGGGCAAAACAGGUACUCUGCCCGACUGACGAAGCACUGACUAGAAUUCACUGCUAGUAAUUUUACACGAUCUCUGUGUCAAUAUGGCAUGUACGAAAUUCAGGGUUUUUAACAAAACAAUCGAAAACUUCCUGGUAUGUUACAUGGGUUAAUACAUUUUACAGCAUAACAUACAGCUUCUGCAGUUUUUAAAGAAUAGAUUGCAUUGGUGACUACUAUUCUGAUUGGCUUGUAAGCAGUAGUUGUUUCCUAUUUCUUCUUACCAUAAAAUUUUUUUUUUGUUUUUCCUUUUUCAAA